AUGGCCGGUGCCUCCAAGAUGAAAAAGCCUGCUGCCCUGGAGCAGGCCUUGCCUGAGCAAGGCAAGGAGAAGAAGCCUCCUGGCCGGGACAAGGCCUUGCCUGAGCAAGGCAAUGCAGGCAACGGCGGCUUGCCUGCAGAAGGCACAGCUCCCCCGCUGAAGCUGGAGGUGCUGAGCCCGAAGAAAGGGGCUAACCCGAAUAGGGCUGCCACGGCUGCCGCCAAGGCUCACCCGAAAAUCGGGCAGUCCGAAGCGAAGAAGAUGAACCAGAAGCUGAAGGCUCUGACCAAGGCCGGCAAGACGGCCCUGCCUGAGGCUUUUGCUAAGUGCAAAAGCCAGGCAGAGAAGAGACAGUUUUUUUACGAGGUGUAUCUGCUGGAUCCCGAAAUCUCUGCGAAGAGGGUCGCGAAGAAAGACUUGCAAGCAGAGGAGGACAGAGACGACACCCAGAAGGGCUGGUUCACAGACGACGAGAUCGCCAGCUUCAAGGGGAUUUUCCCUCACACGAGUGAGAGUGACUACUCUAGCCUGAAGAAGGCUUGUGUUCAGGACUUGCUCGAGAGAGAGCAUGAGGACGAAAACUUAGCCAAGUUGGGAAUCAAGCAGUACUACUUCGAGCACAGCAAGACUUUCAGCAGCUCAAGCAAGAAAAGAAUGCUUGAGCUGGACGAGAACGUUCAGGACGUGAGCCAGGAGGAUUUUGAAGAAAUCCGCAAGAAGCUCAAGGGG